CGCCCGGUCGCGGGCGCGGUCAACACGAGUGUCAUUUGACCCGGUGUCCCUCCAACUCUGCAGCUCCGUCCAGCCCAGCCCUUAGGGAACGGGAGAAGAGGGUGGGAGAGGCUUUUCUGGGACUCCAUCAAAGGGCUUGUAUUUUUUUUUUUUCUCAGAGCGAUGCUUUCAGGUCCUGGGGUGUGUCCUUCUCUGGCAAAAGAUGGAGCGCCUUAGAUGUGUCCUCAAGACCUGCCGCAGGAUUCCGGUGUCCGCCCUCUUAGCCGCCGUGGGCAUACUGAUAGCUUUUCUUAGCACGCUCGGCUGCUUUGUACGGGCCCCAGGUUUGAGCAUGAGCACGGCAGAAGGGGACACCCUGAUAUCAGUGGAUUAUGAAGUUUUUGGAAAGGUGCAAGGAGUGUUUUUCCGCAAGUACACUCAGGCUGAGGGUAAAAAGCUUGGAUUAGUAGGCUGGGUCCAGAACACUGACCAGGGCACAGUGCAGGGACAACUGCAAGGUCCCACUUCCAAAGUACGUCAUAUGCAGGAAUGGCUUGAGACAAGGGGAAGUCCCAAGUCGCACAUCGACAGAGCAAGCUUCAACAACGAGAAAGUCAUCUCAAAGUUGGAUUACUCAGAUUUUCAAAUUGUGAAAUAAUGAUCUGAAUUUAAAUUUUCCAAGAUACUCAGUGGUUUUGUUUUCUUAUUGUUAAUAGAGAUAGAAUGCUUCUGUUUCAGUAUUAGAAUUUGUCAGUAAGUUAUUUUAGUAUCAGAUAUUUGAUAGUUACUGUAUAUUAUGUGUAUGAUGGAAGGAUUACAACUGUACACAAUUCUAAUCAAUAAACACACAGGACAUUCUGUGUAGGAUACUUA